AUGAAUCUUUUCGGCCUCCCUAAGGAGAUCCGGCUCCAGAUCUAUUCAGAACUCCUCGUUCACCUAGAACCCAUCGUUUUCUUAGCAGACCAUGGCCCUCCGUCGCCGCCUCUAUUUCGAUCCAAAAGAGAUGGUCUCUGUCCGGCACUCCUCCAGCUCAACAAGCAGGCGCACAGCGAAGCAAGCCCACUCCUCUAUUCCAAUAACCGCUUUCGAUUUCCUGACGUUUUUACUUCGAUAUCGUCUGCAACCGACAGUGCUCACAUCACCCCGUUCCUUUCCCAAAUCGGAUCCCAAGCAAGCCUUAUUCGCUAUAUCUGUAUUACCUUCCCUACUUAUCCUAGCUUUUACGAUCCCCAGUAUGAUGGAGCUAGGUUUCGCGAAUCGAAUAUCAAAAAUCUGGAACUCAUCCGAGAUAAGUGUACAAGCAUCACUACUCUUGAACUAUCGAUACCCCCAAACCGUGAGGACUUCGUGUUCGACGAUUCGUCCAUGGCAAUAGAGACGCUAGAUUUGCUCGACACGCGCUUGAAGGGUAUCCCAUCACUGAAAGAGAUCAUUGUCGACUUCCAGGUAUACAGCGAAGAGGAUCUAAGCGAUGAUCGGAUGAAGAAGAUACGCGACCGUGGAUGGGCUAUCGAGGUCACAAAACUCCCGAAGCCGAUUUGGAUCAGUAUUGAUGACCGGGUCGAAUUCGAUAAUAAAGAGGAUUGCGACGCGUAUAAUGAGGAACAGCUCCAAUUCGAAUGUCAGAGAGAGCAAGAGAAGGAGGACGAGCGGUGGGAGGAGGAAUAUUACCGUAGGAGACGUGAUCCUUAUUGGAAGAACGAUUCAGACUACGAUUGA